AUGGACACCAGGGGAAGGGGGACACCCCAAGAGCCUGGCCUUGCAGCCCACACCACUCACAUCGCCAGGUGGCUCAGUCCCUUCUUCCUCACCUGCACUGUCUACUUUCUCCUCUGGAUCCCCAAGGACCCGCCAUCCCCGCUUGGCGCCCUGGUCAAAUGCCUGCCUGUGCUCAGCCUGGCUGUGAGCCUGUGGGCUGUGUCCCCCAGCAGCGGCUACACUGCUCUCCUUCAGGGAGCCCUGCUGUGCUCAGCUGUGGGGGACAUCUGCCUCAUCUGGCCUGACGCCUUCCUGUAUGGCAUGGCUGCCUUUGCCACAGCCCACCUCCUCUACCUCGCUGCCUUCAGCUUUUCCCCGCUGCAGCCGGCCACCCUGCUGCCCGUUGCCCUGGCUUGUGGCCCAUACUAUGGCCUCCUGCUGCCACGCCUGCCCCCGGACAUGGCCCUGCCCUUGGUGGCCUAUGCCCUCCUGCUGGCCACAGUGCUGUGGCGCGGCCUGGUCCGGGGUGGCAGUGCCGGCCUGGGAGCCCUGCUCUUCACAAUCUCGGACUCCGUGCUGGCCUGGGACGCCUUUGCCCAGCCACUGCCCCAUGCCCGCCUCGUGGUCAUGACCACCUACUACGCCGCCCAGGCCCUCAUUGCUCUGUCGGCCGUCAGCGGCCUGAGGCACAAAACAAACUGACCUGGCACUGUCCGUUCACCUCCCCUGCUGCCAGGGAGGUGUUCAGGCCUCCCGGAACUCCCAUCCCAAGAGGAGCCUCAUGGAGUGCACUUCCGGACUCCUUCCAGUGAGCACAGCAGGCUCAGCACGUUGGGUACCGUUUGCGGGUUUCCCGUUCCAUCACAGAGUUCCAGAAAUCUCCCCUUGGUUCCAAGUUUGGGUUCCAGGCCCCUCACCCAGACCCAGUGUGCCUCCCCAUCCCUCUACCUCCUCCCCGGCCCUAAUCUAUUUUUUCACUGCCUAAGUAAAGUGGGCAUUGAAAUGGCAAUGUGUCAUUAUUUUGGGAGGGACUUGUGGGGAAAGAUGGUCACAAUUAAUGGCAGCAAACGUUUAUUAAAUGCUGACUAUGACCCGGGCCUGGUGUCCAGGGCUUGUGGAACACGUUACAGAAUUCUCCCCACGGCCCUGUGAUGUGCAGGGUUCAUGAUCCCCGUUUUACAGGGGAGAAUUUAAAGAGCUGAGGACCACAGGAGACUGGUCACAUAUCACAUCAGGGGAGGA